AUCAGAUACAAGAAGUAAAAGAUCAAAUAGAAGUUCAAAUGCAAAAUGUGUGAUAUAAACAAAUUAAGAAAACAGAUUAAUUCAGCAUUUUCACUGAGUGGCUAUAAGAUACAAUCGCAAGCAUGUACCUUUCUCCUAGACCAGUUGACCCCUCUUCCACCAAACGAACAAAAUUUAUGGUUAAAUAAACUCACAGCACAUGUUCAAACACAGGAAUUGAAAUUGCCAGUUGUAGGGCAAAAUGAAAUCGAAUUAGCUAUAAAGUCAUGUAGUAGGAGUCGAUCUGAUGAUACAGAAUCAAUAUUUAGUGUUAUAAGUGCAUUUGACGUUCCAAAGUUUUAUUACAAUGAAGAGCGAAAGAAAUUUUUACCCGAGGAAAGGAAAUCGGAACUAGGUACUGUUCAAUAUAUGCCCAUUGUUAAUAUGAAAUCAGACUACAUGAAAUAUAGGUAUGCAGUACUUUACCAACGAAUAUCCAGACAUGAAUUAUUCUGUCCACCAGUCAUAGGCAAAAAAAUAGAACCUGGGAAAAAAUUUAAUCUUAGAACAGUAGAGACAUUAUUAAGUUUAUCAAAAAUGAAUAAUGUAGUAGUAUUAGGUUUAUUAACUCAACUAAAAGAAGGCCAAUUUUUUAUUGAAGAUGUUACGGGUGCUGUACCAAUAAAUAUAACUAAUGCCAGGUUUCAUAAUGGUUUAUUUUGUGAAGGCUGUUUUAUUUUAGCUGAAGGAAAUUAUGAGGAUGGCAUAUUAAUGGUUCAUGGACUUGGUUUUCCUCCACCGGAAACUGCUAAAAAUAGCAGGGCUUAUUUUGGUACUUUAAACACAUGGGGAGGACCAAGUCGGACGCUUCUUAAAUUAUCCCCAAAACUUGCAGCGAUAGAAAACAAUAAUGCGGAUGCCACAAUAGCAUUUCUUUCUGAUGUUUGGUUAGAUAGUCCACAGGUGAUGGCUAAACUGGGUGAAUUGUUCUCGGGAUAUGAUUCUUGUCCACCUGUCGCUAUAGUGUUAAUGGGACCAUUUGUAAGAGAGAACGGCAAUCCAUUUAAUUUGAAAAAUCACUUAAGUGCACUCGGCGACUUAAUUUCAAAUUUCGAAAAUAUAAAAACUGAGACUGAUAUUAUACUUGUACCUUCAGCAGAUGAUCCAUCAGCUCCAAAGUUAUUGCCAAGAUUGCCGAUCCCUGAAUGCUUGGCCACAAGUCUUUUGAAAAAGAUACCAAGAGUAAAGUUAGCCACUAACCCAUGUCGACUUCAAUAUUGUACACAGCAAGUAUUGGUCUGCCGAGCAGACCUGCUAACAAAAAUGUGCCGUAAUGCAGUUAAGUUUCCUACAGAAGGUGAUUUGGGCGAGCAUUUUGCCAGGACAUUAAUAUGCCAGGGUACAUUGGCUCCAGUUACUCAGCUGGUUGUUCCAACACUGUGGGCCCAUGAUGCAGCAUUAUCACUUUACCCUCUGCCUGAUUUGAUUGUUAUAGGAGAUACUAGUAGUGGUUUCAAUGCUAGUCUUUAUGAUUGCCUGGUGAUUAAUACUGGUUCUUUUCCAAAAUCCAAAUUUUCAUUCAAAGUAUAUGUACCAGCAAUUAGAACAAUAGAAGAUUCACAAAUAUCAGACAAAGAUGAUUGAAUUCUAAACCCUCGUUUUUACCUCCAACAAAAUGGACUAUGCAGAAGGAGCUAAAGAACCACAUGUUAUUUAAAAUAAAAAAGUAAAAUUUAGAUUAUUUGAUCUAUUUUCAUAAAACAGUGUCUGUGUUAUCUGUACCUCC